AUGGGUGCUAUCUCUUUCAAGGACCAACUUUUAGUCUUCUUGGUUGUCUCGACCUUGGCCUUGGCUCGCUCGAAACCGUUGAGCCCAUGGGAGAUCCACAUCAAGAAUGGAUUGAGCGAUGGGAAAGCGUUGUUCGUACAAUGCAAGUCGAAAGACUCUGAUUUGGGCGAGCGGACCCUUAGCACUGGGGCCGAGUUCAAGUGGAACUUCAAAGUGAACAUUUGGGAUACGACAUUGUUCUGGUGUUACUUACGCAAGCCAAACGGAGAUCAAGUAAGGUUCGACGCUUUUUGGGUCGAGAAGAAGACCGAAUGGUUGCGUGUCAAAUGUGAUGGUAAUAUUUGCAAUUGGAUUGCUGAAGACAAUGGAAUUUACCUCAAAGAUAAUAGUACAAAUGAGGAAGAGUUUAUUCAUUAUUGGAAAUUUCGAGAAAGUAAGUAG